GCAGAGAUUUUUGGUAAGCUUGAAUAGAGCUACUUCGUUAAAAUAAAACAGGCAGAGCUAAAAAAGAAAAAAACGUUGCUCUUCGUUAUAAACAAGGCUUUGCAUAGUUUAUCGGGAUCGGGUUAUUAGCAAAAGUUUUAUUGUGGCAGUUCAGCUGCACAGUGGCCAACAGUUACAACAGCAAGUGGAGCGCUGCUGCGCAGCCAACGCGUAGUUUCUUCCAUUGCUGGCAUAUAAUACAUAAUAUUACUUAAUUUGCAACAAAAUCCAGUGGCAUAUUUACUUGAAAUACUAACAAGUUGCAAAAGCAAACCCAAAAUUCUGUGGGGAGGUGCGGAAACGCUUCUACGACUUCUUUCACACACAAAAUUUUCGCAACAUUCAAUACACACACUCACACACACAUACAUACAUACAUAUACUGAACAAGCAAAACGAACGAACUCAAAACUAGAGAGAGAAAGAGAGAAAGAUAACAAAACGGCAACUUUGUAAUCAAAUCGAAACGAGGGAAACCAGAAAACCAAUCGAAUCAGAAUCAGAAUGGCGCACACACAUCUGGGCAGAGCGGUGAAAAAUAUUGAGGCACCGCGUCCGCUGAAGACACAAUCGCGUUCAUCGUUGAAGAACAGCUAUUUGGUUAUUGAGGAGCUGAUCCAGUUGAUUGACAAUGUGACCGUUGGUCUGCAAUCGUGCAAUACGACAUCGGAAUCGAUAACAUUGUUAUUGCAUAAUUUGCGGGUGCAUGGGCCGCAGCUGGAGGCGGUAUCGAAGGAUACGCUGGAUCGUGCUUUCGUUGUGUUCCGCAAUGCUUCGCAGGACGAACGUCUGAACAUAACCACACGACUCAAGCUCCUCGAACUGAUCGAAUUGCGUGCGCACAGCUGGGAGGACAAUGACACAAUUGCCUACUACAAGUCCAAGCAGCAAGUGUCCAGCGCUGAGUUGCCCGCUGAAUCAUAUCAACACGAUGCUGCCGGCAUGGUUGGCAACCAGCAAGCCUUUCUCAGCACCUCCCCCACAUUUGGUGUCGGCGUCGGCGUGGGUGCACUUGUUGGCGGCGCUGCUGCCGCAACGGCAGCUGCAUUCAAUGCGGCCACGGUUGCCGCUGCCGCACAAGCGGCGGCCAUUGCAGCGGUCGGCUCACCCAAUCAGCAGCAUAUGCUGUUGCCACCCGGUGAAGUCAUCCGCAACUCGGGCAAAUUUCCCAAACCGACAAAAAUUCCGGGCAAAACCUACUGCAAAGAUGAGGUCGUCAUACGCAACGCCGACUCGGGCAAGGUUAUGGGCAUUAAGGGCCGACGCGUACACAUGAUCGAGGAACUUAGCGAAACAAUAAUUUCCUUUCAAAGAGUCAAUCCUGGCGCCAAAGAACGUCUGGUGCAAAUUACCGGACCAGAUGAAAACAAAAUUAAUUAUGCCAAGCAAUUGAUGGGCGACACCAUACGUCGCAACGCCUCACCGGUGCGACUGGAGCCGGCACCAUCCGCUGGCGGAGCUGGUGGCUCCUGUUCGUCGCUCAACUCAUCCAAUUCGGACGAUGCUGUCCAGCCACGUACUCCUGGUGCCGGAGGCGUCAGCAGCAGUUUGGCCAAUCGCUUGAGCUUCAAUUCGGCACAGAAUUUCAUGACUGCCACAGCAGCAGCAGCGGCGGCACAGCAAAUGUCGCAGCAGCAACAGCACCACCACCACCAUCAACAGCAACAACAUCAGCAUCAUCAGCAGCACCAUCAGCAGCAGGUUGCUGCAGCGGCAACAGCUGCUGCCGGUAAAGUUAUGCGACCGAAUCAACAGCUGCUUAUGCAUUCAUAUUCCACAAAUGAUGCUUCCGUAGGUGAAUACAAAUUCACGGUCAAUGUGGGCCAGCAUCUUAUCAAGAUCACCGGCGGCUGCUGCGAGCUCGUCCGCGUGGCCAAACUUGUGUUGGACGACUACUUCAGCAGCUCCGAGUUCUUGGCUUCCAUUGAGGCGGGCGCCGCCUUUGAUGGAACCUCGCUGGUCAGUCCGGUCACAACGCCUUCCACACCGCUGCCCGGCUCGGGGCCACCACAGUUUAUGAUGGGCAACGCUUUGCCGUUGGCAGACAGUGGCAUCAAUCUCAACUAUGUCGCUGGGCAGGGCAACAAUAAUGGCGAUGGCGAUGAUGAAGUGUUUGUCGAGUCCAAUGGAAGCAGCAAUCAAAAUGGUCUGGCGCGCUCGCGACGCAGUCACUUCUCACGCAAGGAGUCCACGCCGGAAGCGAAGGCACUGCGCGAAAAGCUCGAGGAAGAACGCGCCGCCAAUCUGCUAAAGACGAAUACCUCUCGCGUCUCGUAUGAUAUUGAACAUUUGAUGUACUAUUCGAAGAGUCCGCAUGCCUGGGCGCUACCCACCGAGUGGGUGAAAAUGAUGGAAACGGUGCCAUCGAUUCUACGCAACAAGGAUCUACUUGAUGAGAGCCAGCGUUUUGAUGGUGAGAAAUAUCUCGCCAGCAUUCAGAGUGCCACCAAACGAAAUAUUGAUGCCGCCGACGACACUGAAAAUGUGGAUGAAUAACAAAAACUGAAAAGGAAAUCAAGAAACACGCGAGCGCAUUACAUUAACAUAUAAGUGAACGAUUUACAGAUAUUGAUUUGUUUUUUUUUUGUUUGUGAAUAGGAAAGAAAAAAACAAACAACAGAUCUGGCAAUAGCUAAUGUUAAUGUGUGUGUCUCAGAUAUAUAACUCAAUUAGGGUUUUAUCAAGUCCCUAAAUCAUAUCAAACUACACACACACGAACUAUCUUUCUGUUUUUUGUACUAUGCUUUUAGCUUUAGCGUGUCGCGUACAUUUCUUAAUAUAUUAUAAACGACCAAAUAAAAUCAAAUGGAAUAAAUUCUAAA